AAAAAGUUUCACCGAGAUAAAAAAUACUCAUAGAAGAGCUGGAGAUGACUUAUUCGAUACAAUUGGAAAGUUUAAGUUUGACAACAUCAAAUAUUCCUUGCAACCAGAUGGAUUGCCGCGAGCAGCAGAAUUCAUCCUCGAAGAUCUGGAUAAAAAUCAGUUGUCGUGUACACUAUGGGGUGAGUAUGCACAGGCUUUGAGGAAUAUGCCCAGUACUUCGGCCGAACCACACAUCAUGCUGCUUCAGUUGUGUAGAGCAAAGACUGACUAUGGUGAGGUCAUUCUUGCAAACUCCUUUUACUGUACAAAGGUUAUAGUGGACGAGAGUAUCCCUGAAAUUGAGGACUUCCGUACUAAGUUGGUAGCCAGCUCACAGUCUUCAUCAUCUGCAAACUCCACCGGUUUUUUUAUAGAUCCUGCAUUAGUUAAGUCAGUGUCUGAACUGCUUGCAAUUUCUAAGAGGUCCCGAUGUUGGAUCUUUGGUAAAAUCACAAAUAUUCUCAAUCGAAGAGCUUGGUCCUAUCAAGGGUGUGUAAAAGAGUCUUGCUCUAAAAAGGCCUCUGCUCACGCGCGACAAGUUUAAGUGCUCUAAAUGCAAUGAGGUGUUCGACCAGGGAAUACACCGAUAUAAGAUUACUGUUAUCGUGAAGGAUUCUUCGGGCUCUGUUACGUUAUGUCUGUGGGAUCACGAGUGUCGUCAGUUGUUGCACAAAACUGCGGGCCAACUCAGAGAACAACUGAAUCUGAGUGGCAUUCAUGAGACAGCGACGUCAAAAGAAAUUGACGAUUUAGUGGGUCUACAUCUUUUGUUUAGGGUUGAUAUAAGCGAGGAAGAUUUUAAAAAAAGUGACAAAGUUUUUUCCGUGAGGUGCCUCACACAAAAUGAUGAUCUUAUGAACCAAUUUCUGGCAAAAACAAAUGAUGAACAACAAGUGGAUCUGGAAUCUGAUGACGAUUUGGAAAUUUUUUUCAGUCAGCCAGGAGUAACAUCAUCAAACAAUAUUGAUGAUGCUACGACUACUACCCCAAUGUCAAAGCGGUCUUUGUUAGAUUAUGAGGAAGGACAUGAUGGAGGAUCUUCUACUCAAAACUCCACUAGCAAACUGCAGAAAACUAUCAAGGUUGAAAAACCUUAAGGUUUUGGAGAUGGUGUUUGAGGUGGCCAAAAAAUGAAGAAUUAUCUUUGCUCUUUAAUUUCAUGUCAUUUUUAGUGGAUGAGUAUUUACUGCAUACAUGUUAGUUUUUCAAGAG